CUCGCGCUCCCGCCCUCUUCCCUGCCUCCCAGUAGCCAGCUGCGGCUGCGUCUCUGGAGGCGAUGGCGGGAUCCCAACCGCUUGCCGCGCGUCCGGGGGAAGAGGCGUCUUGCUCCUCCUGGAGGACCAGCCGUGCAAAUACAAAGUUAUCCAUCAUGCCAACAGAAUCUGUGGAGAUUGAUGAUGCAUUAUACAGUCGACAGAGAUAUGUUCUUGGAGACACAGCAAUGCAGAAGAUGGCCAAGUCCCAUGUUUUCUUAAGUGGUAUGGGCGGUCUUGGUUUGGAAAUUGCAAAGAAUCUUGUCCUUGCAGGGAUUAAGGCACUUACAAUUCAUGAUACAGAAAAAUGCCAAGCAUGGGAUCUAGGAACCAACUUCUUUCUCUGUGAAGAUGAUGUUGUUAAUAUAAGAAACAGGGCUGAAGCUGUACUUCAACAUAUUGCAGAAUUAAAUCCGUAUGUUCAUGUCACAUCAUCUUCUAUUCCUUUAAAUAAAACCACAGAUCUCUCCUUCUUAAAUAAAUACCAGUGUGUAGUAUUGACGGAGAUGAAACUUUCCUUGCAGAAGAAGAUCAAUAUCUUCUGUCGUUCUCAGUGCCCUCCAAUUAAGUUCAUCAGUGCAGAUGUACAUGGCAUUUGGUCACGGUUGUUUUGCGAUUUUGGUGAUGAAUUUGAAGUUUUAGAUACAACAGGAGAAGAACCAAAAGAAAUUUUCAUUUCAAGUAUAACACAAGCUAAUCCUGGCAUUGUCACUUGCCUUGAAAAUCAUCCUCACAAACUUGAAACAGGACAGUUCGUAACAUUUCGAGAAAUUAAUGGAAUGACAGGCUUAAAUGGAUCCACACAACAAAUAACUGUGGUAUCACCAUUUUCUUUUAGCAUUGGUGAUACUACAGAACUGGAACCUUAUUUACAUGGAGGCAUAGCUAUUCAAGUUAAGACUACUAAAACAUUCUCCUUUGAAUCAUUAGAGGUGCAACUAAAACAUCCAAAGUACCUUAUUGCGGAUUUUAGCAAACCUGAGGCACCUUUAGAGAUUCACUCUGCCAUGCUUGCCUUGGACCAGUUUCAGGAGACCUAUAGUCGCAAGCCAAAUAUUGGAUGCCAACAAGAUUCAGAAGAGUUGUUGAAACUAACAGCAUCUAUAAGUGAAACCUUGGAAGAGAAGCCUGAAGUAAAUCAUGACGUCGUGCACUGGCUUUCUUGGACUGCCCAAGGCUGCUUACCCCCACUUGCUGCGGCAGUAGGAGGUGUUGCUAGCCAAGAAGUACUGAAAGCUGUGACAGGAAAGUUUUCUCCUCUGUGCCAGUGGUUAUACAUUGAAGCAGCAGAUCUUGUCGAAUCCCUCAACAAACCUGAACGAGAAGAAUUUCUACCACGAGGAGAUAGAUAUGAUGCCUUACGAGCCUGCAUUGGAGACACUUUAUGUCAGAAGCUACAAAAUUUGAAUAUCUUUUUAGUAGGAUGUGGAGCCAUAGGCUGUGAAAUGUUAAAAAAUUUUGCUUUGCUUGGUGUUGGCACAGGCAAAGAGAAGGGAAUGGUUACAGUAACAGAUCCUGACUUGAUAGAAAAAUCCAACUUGAAUAGACAGUUCCUAUUUCGUCCUCAUCACAUACAGAAGCCUAAAAGCUAUACUGCUGCUGAUGCUACCCUGAAAAUAAAUCCUCAGUUAAAGAUAGAUGCACAUUUGAACAAAGUAUGUUCAGCCACUGAGGCGAUUUACAAUGAUGAGUUCUAUACUAAGCAGGAUAUAAUUAUUACAGCAUUAGAUAAUGUGGAAGCCAGGAGAUAUGUAGACAGCCGAUGCUUAGCGAAUCUACGGCCCCUCUUAGAUUCUGGGACGAUGGGCACCAAGGGGCACACCGAAGUCAUUGUACCUCAUUUAACCGAAUCCUACAAUAGUCAUCGGGAUCCCCCAGAAGAGGAAAUACCAUUUUGUACCCUAAAAUCCUUUCCAGCUGCUAUUGAACACACUAUACAAUGGGCAAGAGAUAAGUUUGAAAGUUCCUUUUCCUACAAGCCUUCAUUGUUUAACAAAUUUUGGCAAACUUAUCCAUCUGCAGAAGAAGUCUUACAGAAGAUACAAACUGGACACAGUUUGGAAGGCUGUUUUCAAGUGAUUAAGUUACUUAGCAGAAGACCUAGAAAUUGGCCCCAGUGUGUAGAAUUAGCAAGAUUAAAGUUUGAAAAAUAUUUUAACCAUAAGGCUCUUCAGCUGCUUCACUGUUUCCCUCUGGACACACAAUUAAAAGAUGGCAGUUUGUUUUGGCAGUCACCAAAGAGACCCCCCUCUCCAUUAAAAUUUGAUCUGAAUGAACCUUUGCACUUCAGUUUUCUUCUAAAUGCUGCAAAAUUAUAUGCUACAAUCUAUUGCAUUCCAUUUACAGAAGAGGACUUAUCAGCAGAUACCCUGUUGAGUAUUCUUUCCGAAGUAAAGAUUCAGGAAUUCAAACCAUCCGACAAGGUUGUUCAAACAGAUGAAACUGCGAGGAAACCAGACCAUGUUCCUGUGAGCAGUGAAGAUGAGAGGAAUGCUGUUUUCCAACUAGAAAAGGCUAUUUCAUCUAAUGAAGCUACCACAAGUGACCUUCAGAUGGCAGUGCUUUCAUUUGAAAAAGAUGAUGAUCAUAAUGGACACGUAGAUUUCAUCACAGCUGCAUCAAAUCUUCGUGCCAAAAUGUAUAGUAUUGAACCCGCUGACCGUUUGAAAACAAAGCGCAUAGCAGGUAGAAUUAUACCUGCUAUAGCAACAUCUACUGCUGCAGUUUCUGGCUUGGUUGCAUUGGAGAUGAUCAAAGUAGCUGGCGACUAUCCAUUUGAAGCUUACAAAAAUUGUUUUCUUAACUUAGCCAUUCCAAUCAUAGUGUUUACAGAGACAUCUGAAGUAAGAAAAACUGAGAUCAGAAAUGGAAUAUCAUUUACAAUUUGGGACAGAUGGACUAUACAUGGAAAAGAAGAUUUCACCCUCUUGGAUUUCAUAAAUGCAGUUAAAGAGAAGUAUGGAAUUGAGCCAACAAUGGUGGUACAGGGAGUCAAAAUGCUCUAUGUUCCUAUAGUGCCUGGUCAUGCAAAAAGAUUGAAGUUAACAAUGCAUAAACUUGUGAAACCUUCUGCUGAAAAGAAAUAUGUGGAUCUUACUGUGUCCUUUGCUCCAGAUGCCGAUGGAGAUGAAGAUUUACCUGGACCUCCAGUAAGAUACUACUUUAGCCAUGACACUGAUGAACAGAAGUUGUCUUAAAUUUAAGACUACUUGAUUUUGGAAAGAAUGCACUUAAUUCAGGAACUAAAAAAGUCAGCUCAAAAUGCUGUGGAUUUCUCUUUGAUAAAGCCUUAAUUUAAGGGAACCAUCAGUAAAAAAAGAAAGUACAGUGAAGAAUUGUAACGCAUUUUGAAGCAUAGUAUAUACACUCGUGUAGUGCUUCAUAUGUGGAUGUGAUCACAAGCAACUUUGAACUGGAAUGCCAUUUUAUAAUGCUCACCAAAAAACUGUGUAUUAACUUCUUUGGAUGAAACCUAGGAAAAGUUACGUAUCCAAGACUAGAAGAGAUAAAACAUCAAGAAAUUGAAAGUUACAAAUGUAAUUAUCCAAAAUGUUUAAUCUCAUUUUAUAAAUUGUUGUGGUUGUUUAGUAUUUGAGGCCCAUUUUUCUUUCAAAUAGUAUUUGGCUCCCUGCACCUCUCAAGAUGAGGCUUUGAAUUUAACAUCAGUGGAGCGGGGGAUAGUAGCAGUGGAUAAAGAGUAGACAUUUAGAACUGUACAAAUGUUACCUCGCUCAUUUUACCAGAGUUUGCUGUAUCACUGUCUCUCCAAAAUCAGGAUCUUUGUUGACGGCAUCAGUGUCACAAGUCAUGAUGACAGGUGUUAACCAGAACUAACUGUUAACAAUACUGUGUGAACUCUUGACAGCCCUCUUAGAGAAUCCACGAAUGUGAGCAGAUAAAUAUGGUUGGUCAUUUGAUUCAUCAAUAUGCCUUUAAUGUGGCUAUUUUAUUUAUUUGGAACUCUAAACCUGUCAUAGUAUAUAAGACUAAAAGGUUUUGUAAAUGGAGUGUCCUUAGAAGUAGGUGAAGAGUAGAAAUUAAAAAAUUAUCACUAGUUGAGUCUUGAUUUUUUUUUUUCUUCAAGCGAAGAAAUGGACAGAAAAAAAUUUUUUUAUUUUAAAGGGAAAUGUAUUAUUUAAUUACACAUUCCCAGAAAGGGAGUUGACAAAGAUAAAAAUGUAUUUUUUUAGAUCUUUAUUGAUAGAAACUUUCUGUUUUCUGCUAGGAGCUAUUGCAGGUAUUCAUAGAAAUGCUUUCAUUAAAAUAACAAAGUAUACUCAACACUGUAAACUCAGUGAAAACAGCAAGUGUUUCUUUUACUUCCAAUGCUAUCAUGUGUCCUAAAGCAAUUGGCAUUUCAUAACCACAGAACGUCAUUUCGUCCUAGCUGCUUUUCCUGUUUUUCUGUUCGGACCAUUAAUAAGUACUUUGAUAAAUUACAAACUAGAUUCACAUCAGUAUUAAUCCAAUUUGAUUCUAUUCCCUCCUUUACUUUCCUUUUAUUCCACCUGUAUAUAGUUUAGUCAACCAGGUAUAUUGUUUCAUUCUUUUGUGAAAGCAUCAUCCAAUUGGGAAAAUAUAUUUAGGAAUGGAGGUUGAGUUUGUAUGAUUAAAGGGUAAUCUGCAUUGGAGGCAAAGAUAAGUGGACAGGAUGAGUAAAGGAACUGACUACCUUUGAAAUAAGCAAUUUAUUUUGGUUCAUCAUAUCCUUCCCUCUCACUUCAUGUAUAUUGCAAACACAGUGCUUAAAUUAAUAUUAUUUAAAAUUGAAUUCAGGAAUAUCAAAGCUCUGUGGCUUGGAACAUUAGAGGCUAGCAGUAAUAAAAGAACUUUCCUAUAAGAAGUCUGUUCCACUUUUUUGUUUUGUACUCUACGACAGCAACUGAUACUUUCUCGGUAGCCAUUCAAUAAUUCUCAACUAUGAUCUUGUAUCUUACUUAUAUUCUAUGUAAAUCUCUACAUCUCUUCAGAAGUAAAUUUAGAACAGAACCAGGCUAUCAAUUCUUAUUUCUGGAGAUCAGUGCUUUAGCAGAUAUAAACAGAAUUAACAAAGAUUAAGUUCAUUUUAUGAUUAAAUGUGAAACCAUGUUGUUAUUGCUUUUUUUUCCCCCUAUGGGGUAAAAGUAUUGCCAUUUAUUUCUUCUAUUUAGUUCUGCUAAAACUGGAAAGCCAGCGUGAAUUUAAUGAAAAAAAAAAAUUUUUUUUUUCAUUGUUUUAUUUCUGUAACAUGAGAUCACUGCUGGUGAUUGAAAUACCAGGUGCAAAAAUUAAUGAUUUGAUUUUGUACAGUACCACUGAGUGAUUUUUUACUUAUUAAAAAUAAAUGAAGAAAUUUGA